UGAAAGUUGAAGGGAAAUGGGGUAAACCUCCUAAAGCAAUAAGACCUCCUAACAGGCCAAUUCGACAUCAUGAGAGUACACACUUAUAAAUAACGACUCUUAUCCAGAACAAAGUAUCUUCAAUGAAAUUAGAACUGAUGGAAUAUCAACUAGGUUUGGCACUUCUGAUCCUAAGCUAGACGUUGCUUAUCAAGAGUGAGAGAAGAUAAAUAUGCUCCUGUUGGAAGAGAAAUAAACUUCAGCAAAGAAGACGUUUAAUGCGUAUGGAUCAAUUUAAUAACAGCUCUUCCUCAAGUCCUUCAAAAACAAACAAGCAUGCUAAUGAAAAAUCUCAAUAUACAACUUUUGGAGAGAAAUCGCAUCUAAAAAGAGCAAGACAGCAACUUUCUCAAAAUGGAUCUAUUUCAAAAACAAGUUCACCCAAAAGAGGAGGUUCAGGGCCUCUAAACCAAUUUUCUACCAAAAAAUUUCAGAAUAAAUUCCUGACCUCGAAUACUGAAAUACCUCCACCCCAACCUUUCCAGACAUCAAAGCUUGGAGGUAUAAAAGAGUAUUAUCAGAACCAGCCACUCGCAAGAUCGCAGCUAAAGUUAAUUUUGGAUAGGAUGUCUUCCCAGAAUUCUCUUAGCAUCAAAUAA